UGUUUUGUCACGUUCGUCACGUCCAUUUCGCUAUGGAUUAUGGGUAAUAUCCCGAACGAAAUCUGGUGAAGUCUGCAGCCUAACUCCUCAGAGUUCCCCAAAAAGUCUGUUCAGGUUUCUCGUGGACGUGUUUAUUUGCAGAUUUCGACCAGACGAGCACAGCCUUCCGCCGUGACGGAAUUCCCGGGGACGCGUAUACAAUUCCGGACAUUUGGGUUCAGUCGAACUUCAGUUUCACUUUUGCAGCCAUGCUCCGGAGGUUUGCGUCAACAAAACCAAACGUUAAACGCGACAUACCGCCUUGAUUUGACUUUUUGGCAACAUACCAGUCGCAGCAGAUUUUUCUGAGUACCAAGCAGGAUGGAAGCUUGGUGAAAGAGGAGAAUGGAUGGAGUCAGUUGGAGCAGCACAAGGGCCCAGGAAUCGUUCGACCGCUCAAGGAUGGCAGCAGACACUCUGUCCAGGCUCGCCAGCUUCAUUGCUGAGUCCAAACAGCACACAAGGAAGGGGCAGCAACCAUCCCACUUACCCACAUACGUCUGUCAAGAAUGUGGUAAGGGCUUCCCUUAUGCAUCAGAUUUGUUACACCACCAGGACCUAAAGCACACAUUACCAAAGCCUCACCGGUGUCCCUCUUGUGGCCAGGAGUUCUCCCUGAGGUCAACCCUGCAGCUACACGAGUGUGAUCACGAUUCCUCUCUAUGUGAGCUUUGUCAUGGAGAGUCUCUGCUUGGUUCUCCUUGUCCUGCAUGUACGACUCACACCUCAGAUCCUGGCAAGCUGCAGGACAAGGCGCUCCACCGCCAGCCUCACCUCCUGGACAGUAGUCCUUAUGCAUGUGCCCCGUGUGGCAGAGGCUUCAGCCAGAAACAGGCUCUGUUGCACCAUCAGCAGGCUGGUUGUAGUGAACCACCGUCUCCAUCUGAUGUAGUUGAUGCCAGUAGCCUUCCAGAUGAUUCUCCUACAGCAUCUGCAGGAGAUUCGACUCGCUCUGAUUCUUCGGACACCCCUGGGCCCAGCAGUAGUGCUAUGAAUGUGUGCCAUUUCUGUUUUAGAACCUUUCGCACACCAGUUGGACUGCAACGUCAUAAACAGACCAACCAUACAGAGAAGCAGCUGAGGGCUCCACAGGGACAAAAGAGCAAAGGAAAAUGUACUGGUGGAGAAGUGAGAAAUGGAGUGAAUGUCACGGUCAAUGAAGAUCCAAAUGAAAGGCCAAAAUCCAAAAAGAAGAAUCUUAGCUGUCGCUCCUGUGACAUGGUUUUCAGGAACAUCUCUAAACUCCACGUACACAGAAAGGAGAAGCACAGCAGGGAGAAAAAUGUUAGGAGAGAACCCCGGCUCGUCAUCAGCAAGCGCAGGAGAGGCGGCACGUAUCCCUGUCAGGUCUGCGGCAAAGUCUUCCUCCAUCAUUUGUCACUUAGGGCACAUUACCGACAGCACACAGCCUCAAGCUUCGCCACAAUCAAAAAUGAAAGCCAUUCUGUAGGAUGCGCUGCCAAAGACUUAAAGUUCUCAGAGGACAGACCAAAUAAAGGCCAAACCAGCCAAGCAGAUAAUAAGACUGUUCGGACUGGUCGAGGGAGGCCCAGGAAAGUGGCUAAGUUAGAAACCAGGGUCGGUGAUCCAGGGCAAUGCAUAAUAGUGCCUGAAGUGAAAGAAGAGGAGGAGGAGGAGGAGGAGGAGAGAGAAUUCCCCUGCCCAUCUUGCGUGGAGGUUUUCGCUCUGCAGUCCCAGCUGAGGGAGCACGUGGAGCUCCACCAGUCCUCUGUAAACAGGAGGCAGUGCAGUGUGUGCACAAACGAGAUGGACACCUGCAAGUGGCCGGGCUCAAAGAGGCAGAGGCUGUACCACUGUGUGCCCUGCCAGCAGGGCUUCUCUGCUCUGGACUCCUUCCUAGAACACUGUCAGAAGCACCUGCGAGUCAGGGUGGAGGAGGACAGUGUCACAGAGAGCAGUAAAGCCUGAGCCACAGUUUGAAUGUUAUCAGCUAUUGCCUUUUUUUGCCUUGAAGGGUCAGAGAGUGCAGAGUGAAAUUCUUGUUUAUUAACCAGUUAAUCAAUUGAGCAUUCAGAGCAGCUUACUUUUGUACCUACCCUGUUGGUUUAAUGUCCAUACCAACAGAUCUAUGGUUAAUGAGAGAAGAUUGUUAAACAACCAUACCAGGAUUUUUGAAUGCUUUAUUCUGCCCUUUUACAAUAAAUCACAUAGUUCACUGCCAGUUAUUUCCUAUAACUUACCACAAUUCUUUUUAGAUUUUGAAAUGUUUUCUCUAAUCUGGAUGGCCAUCUGUACAUUAAUUUGUGUGCGAUCCAUCCUCGUUGAACGUUAGUUUUUAAUGUCACUGCAUUAUUAAUAUGUUUGAAAAUGGGUUUUUUGCAGUGUUCAUGUCUCUGAUUUGAGACUUGGAGCACAACAUUGUGUUCAUGCUGUGGUGAAAUCAAAGCAAAUGUGGGCAUUGAUUUUAAAAAAGUCAUGUACUGUACAUAUACUGUAUAUGCUAUUGCAUCAGUAAUGAAUUUUCCAUGUGAAUAAUGAAUUUCAGCUUUAUUCCAACAUGAACAUAACACAGCUGACUAAACAAAGCCAGCGUGUUCACUUUGCUGGAUUACUAGCGAUUGCAGUUGAUUUUCAUGCUUUACAGAAAUACACUGAAACCUGUAGCAGGCUGAAAAGUUAAAAACAACAUGCAAAAUCAUCAGUAUGUUUCUUUAUUAGUUUGGAAUUUUUCUUCUAAUGUCUCUGACCUCUUCAUAUACAUCAGGACCUCAUUUGAUAAAAAGAUGAUCUUAGCCCUUAAACUUAUAGUGGGACUGAGGUGUUCACAUUACUGCGGACAAACAAGGGUCUUGCGCUUUGUGUUCCAUGAUGGUUGGCGCAGAACCUCAAGUAGAUACCCCUGGGAGCACUGAACAAAACGGCGCCACCUUAGCCAAAAUGCUAGCAGUAGGUCACUACAGUUUAGAAGCUUAAACUGUGUUGUUUUAAAACAGUCUUGGUAGCGGCAUUUGCAUGCUGACAUUUCACUAGCUAAAUAUUUUGGCUGUCUUUAUCUGGUCUGGGUAUGAAGGCAAUAUGAUUCUGUGUCAUGUGGGAAAUUCAGAAACACAAGCAGGCUAAUUAGAUUCUCAUCAAUUCAGGCAUUGUUCUGUGCACACAAAGGUCAACACAGCUGAGGCCAAAGUUUCAGCACACCCCCGCUCCUGAAUGUCCACCUUGGCGUGUGAGGCUCACCACAUAUACCAUGACAAGGCAUGUGCAAAACCCAUUUUUCCACAAUACUGUGAACACGCCUUCAGCCAGGGGCUUUUUGUGCAGGUAGAUCAUGUGCAUAGCCGUGGUACGUCCUAGCCAAAACACUGUCAGAUGUGCUGUGUGCUACUGUUUUUGCACUAGACAUCUGGGGCACUUCAGCUUUGUAAGGUCCUGUAUGUCUUCUGCUGUAUUUUACUAAUUUGUCCUACACUUUUGGCAGCAAUUAGUCCCAGGUUGGUGGGGGCUCUGGUGUGUCAUGUGUUAGGUUGUCACUCUUGAAUGUUGGACUUGGGUUUUUGUAGCACUGCUCAGAGCAAUAGGUGGAAGUUUUGUGCAUUUGUCAACUGGAAAGACUGGAAAGGAUCACCAGGAGUGGAAUAAAAUCACAGGAGGAGAAAUGUAAUUAUGUUUUCAGCAUUUUUAUGGCCAUUUGGAGAUUGCAGCAUCCAUCCGUUAUCUGUACCACUUAUCCUGAACAGGGUUAGAUUCCAACAGUUCGUAGUUGUUAUUGCCAUAGUCUAUAGAAUGAGCAACAUUUUAAUAAUAAUCACUUU